CCUGAAUACAACCAUUUACUGCAUACUGUAUAUGUUUCCACCUACAUUUAACACUAUCCGACAAAGCCAUGGCCGCAACAAACCAGAGUUAUGCAGAAGGCGGUCUGUUAACCCGCGGGACAUGUGAAAAUACGACAAUUGUCGACUCUGAAGACGAGCAACAAGCCUUCCACGUACAAGCACAGCAGACGGGGCCAAGCAAUAACUUGAGCACCCCGAUCCCGGAGCUUGCACAAUGGGUCCAGAGGGCAUUAGAGGGGUAUACACCGACGGAGGAGGUGUGUGCGUUUCCCACACCACAUCUUGAUCUCCUGUCUGAGGAAGAGGGAAGUGAGAUGAAGAAUGGCUCCGGUCAACAAGGUCUCCGUACCUACUUGAUGACCAAGAUUAAAGCCUUUCAAAUUUCCCUUCACAUUUUACUCAAAGCCAAUAAAACCGACGAUCCGGUAGAUUGGUCACGCGAUCUCCAUUCGUCAAAUGCAGCAAGAGACGACCACAUGAUUCCUUGGUGUGAGUUACUCGUCGGCGAGACCUGUAAAACUCCGAUCCUGGGGCUGUUUCCGUUUUACCUGCUACUUUGUAAGGCCUAUAGCGGUGGUGAAAAGCUUCUCGAUGACCAGAUUAACUAUAAAUUCUCUAUGAUGUCUGGUGUAGAUUGGUUUGACCGCGACGACAAAUCAUCGGAAAUGUUCCACGAGUUCUCUAAAGAGCUGGAGUCUACUCUUUACUGGAAACCAAACAUAGAUGACUCUUAUUGGAGAAUAGCUAAUGCAUAUCUUGCCACAAUGGCUAGAUGCGAAAUGGAAAAACAAUCUCAGGCAGGCAAGGCGGCAGGAAUUGAUCAUGGAUUGCCUGAUGAAGUGGUAGUGGCUGCCCGUGCUUUCGAUGGUAUUACGGACGUCUACAUGGCUUCGAGCAGCGGGAUGUAUUAUGACGAUGAAGGCGUAGGCUCGUUUAUCGGCACAGCUCUGGCGAACGACGUGUUUGAUUUACACACGGAUAUCCUUACGCGAGAGACUCGAAAUCUUAUCCGGCUUCUAGCUCCGAAAUCCCAAAAUAUCGAUCAAGCACUGGAUUUUGCAUCCUCGCUGUUGUCGUCGAUACUUUGUGAGUUCCAUAGGGGCUAUGCUAGACUGAAGCAGAGCAAGCGCGGAGAUGGCGGGGUAGCCUUCGCUUCGCCGGCGUACGGCAUGGGUAGGGCUCGCCAUCGACGUGUUUUUCAGACCGUGGAGCUCUACGCGGAUCGUCACCCGAAGUUCUGGGAUUGGAAUCAAGACAUCUACACUAAGGCCAAAUUACAGCUUUCCGAGACAGCCAUCCGCGAGCCACUUGUUGAAGGCCUCAUCCGAGGUGCAAAAGGCACGAAACUACCACCGUCUGCUGCCAAAGACGACUCGCAAUUCUUCUUGGCAUGGCGCGCAAUGAUCGAAGAUGAGAAGACCAUCCUGAUACCCGACGACAUUGAUCAAGAACUAGCAGAUAUCCUGCGUAAACUUCAUACACUUUGGCACGACGACUUGCGAGCUACUACGAAGAAAGCAGGAUGGGGUCGUGAGCUUGAUGAGAAGUCAGACCAGCUUUUAGGAGAGGCCGGCAAGAUUUUGGGGAAGCUUCGUGAGAAAGGGGCGGCUGUGCAACGGGACGCGGAGGGGUUUGCCGAUGUAUAUAUGAAACUCAGCACGAGUUUUCCAUAUGUCGUGUACCACACUAUUGCUGCGAUCAUCUUGGCAUAUGGGGUAGUACAGGGUAAAGUCGAGGGUUAACAGCUUAUCCAUCGUUUAGAUAUGAAGUAACUGUGGGGGUACAAGGGUGCAUGGGGAAGUAUAAUGGGAGAGCACAGGAUGAGCCAACCCGUCUGUUGGAAGGACUUGGGGCUAUGAACUU